CCGCACAAAAGACGAGACCGUGAAUUGAGGUGUAAUAGCGUGCUACUACUACGGAUUUUACUCUGAUAACGAAAAAAAUAUCAGUGUUAAUUCUGAUUUUUAAUCAUUGCGAAAGAUUCGACAGCUAUGGCGUUUUAUCAUCGGAAUGAUGAAAGAAAACGGCUUCCCCAUGAUUUUCGACGACGGGAGGAAGAAGUUGUGGAUAGUUUAUGCAGACUUGGCAACCGGCCUGUAUCACCAAGAAGCCUUUUAGAACAGGAAAAAAGAAUUCGGCGGGAAAUCGCCAACAGCAAUGAGCGGCGGCGGAUGCAAAGUAUCAAUGCAGGAUUUCAGUCAUUACGAACUUUACUACCUAGAAGGGAAGGAGAGAAUCUUAGUAAAGCUGCCAUUUUACAGAACACAGCUGAUUACAUAUACUCCUUGGAACAGGAAAAUGCCCGCCUUUUAGAACAAAACUCUCAGCUGAAGAGGAGGGUGUUAAAUAUCCCAAGCAAUCAUGACAGUGAUGGAAGUUGUUCGGAUUCUCCUUUGCCAAAGCGUAAAAAGCACGGUAGCGAUUCAGCAGAUGAAGGAAUUAGCAUCCCAAGCCCAAGGUAUGAUAUUGGAGCAGAUGAUUUAAAACGCAAUCUUGUUGAACUUAAACUUUCUCUGGAACAAGAGCGAGGCUUGCGCAUGAACUUAGAAGAUCAAAUUAAGAACCUGAAGUCACAGUUAUUGUCUGGAAAAUGUUCUGAAACGAACUUGGCUGGCAAUGAGUGCGAAAAUUAUACAAAUGUGUUAGAAAGCAUAAAAAAAGAAACUCCUACUGCUACGGAUAUGGUUUUGAACAACGAUUUAAAUGCCCCUGUCACGUAUAAUAGCAGUGCUGACUGUGACAGUUCAUAUCAGAUGUCAGUUCGCGAUACGAAUUCGAAUGUUCUUAUAAAUGUUCCUAUUGCUUUCACAAAAAAUGCAACUGUGUUGCUUCCAUGUGUUGGCGAAACAUCCAUUCCUGUUGUGACAUCUAAUGUCAUUUCCUUAGCUCCUAUAACUUUAGGUGCAGUUCCUGCCGUUACUGAAUCUGACAGUGUAUUACCAUCGAAGUCAUACAAACAUUGUUCGUCUAGACCGAAUCUUGAGACAAUUGUGGAAGCUAUUCGACAUGUAGAAGGAGAUCAUGUUUUUCAGGAUGAUCCUUCCCCAACAUUAUCCAGUAUUGUUCAAUGCAGCGAUGAAAGUGUUGUAUAUCCUGAUGCCGAUGAACAAACAAACACUCGUGUGCUUAAUAAUGAGUACCGCCAACAAGUUAUCCAAAGUACACCCACUUUACAACCAUCUAGACCUGGUGUUAUUGUUGUCAAUCGUACGUAA